AUGCAAAUCAAAAAUAAAGAAUUGUUUAUUGCCCUUGAUACAUCCGAUGAUGAUGCUGAUGAUGAUGAAGAAGAAGACAAUGAUGAUGAAGAAAAGGAAGAAGAAAAAGAAGAAACAGCUAAUCAAUCUUUUUCAGAAGAUAUGGGAAAAAAUAAAAUUAUUAGGAAUUUCUAUGAACCUCAUAGCAAAACAGAUUCACUAACUGUUGGAUUUAAAUUAGACAGAUCUUACGUUGUACACAGAUCCAACAUUUCCAUUUUGAAAAAUAAUGAGGAAGAUAACGAAUUAGAAUAUGUUACGACAAUAAGCAAUAUUUCUGAUAUAAAGGAUAAAAAGCAUUUUACACCUUAUAAACCAAUGUUAUAUAUGGAAGAUAGGGCCAUGCUUUUCCAAAAUCCCUCUGACCAGACGGCUAUUUAUAAAAUGGAUAUAGAAAGAGGUACUAUUGUUGAGAAAUGGUCCAUGGGAAACAAAGCUCUGACCAGUUUUGGUCCAGCUAAAAAAUAUGAUCAAUUAACCAACGAACAAAGCUUUCUUGGUGUAUCGAAAAAAUCUUUAUUUCAAGUGGAUCCACGUAUCAAUUCAAAUAAUAAAAUUGUUUUAGAUGCUACAUUUGAUUAUAAGACGAAUCCUAAAUUCACAUCGUUAACUACGUCACAAGAAGGUUAUGUUAGCGUUGGGUCUACAGAUGGAUCAAUCAGAUUAUACGACAAAUUGGGUAUAAGAGCCAAGACCCUAAUUCCUGGAUUUGGUGAUGAAAUUAAACAUUCUGUUAUUUCAAAUGAUGGUCGUUGGUUGUUAGCUACGUGUACGGAUCAUUUGAUUUUAUACGAUCUAAAAAUAUAUGAGGGCAAAGAAACUACUGACUUAUUGGCGUUUUCCAAGUCAAACUCUAAUCCAAAAUAUUAUUAUUUGAAAUUACCAGAAACAAUUAAGACACAAAUUAGAAGUUCCGGGGAAUCAAAUAUUAUAUUUUCAAGGGGAUACUUUAAUUAUGGUCGUUAUGCAAAAGAAGAUACUGUCGUUACAUCAACUGGCAAGUUUAUUAUUUUCUGGAAAUUACGAAACAUUUGCAAAGGUAUAAAAGAGCCUGUUUUAUUGAAGAAAUAUGAUUUCGAUGUUAUAGAAGAUAAUUUUGUUUAUGGCUCCAAUAAUCAAGUUGUUGUUGCCUUUGAUAAAGGUGUAUCUAUGGCCACUUCGAGAAAGGUUUAA